ACCCGCCUCCGUGCCGGGAUGACGUCAACGCGCAAGCAUGUUCGAAAUUUGCGCAGGAAUGUCACGUGGUCGCGUGGCGGCCAAUGGGAUCGGGCCGGCCGAGAGCCCGGUCUUCGGAUCUCCGUUGCUGGUUCCGUCCGGAACUGAGAUCCUGUCACCAAUGGAGGCUGAAGUUCUACAAUCGCACAGCUUUGUCAGACAAGCCCUGGGCACCUUGUCCUCCUCCAGGGAUGGCGCAGAAAUCACACACAUCCUGCAGGCGAUGAGGCAGUACCUGGAGCCGACCGAGGGAGAACGCUCACCGCAGAGCCAGGAAUUUUUAAACAUGCAUUACCCCCGGUUCCUGCAAGUGCUAGUCAGUAAUCUGCAAGCUGAUUGGUUACAGCUGUUGCCCAACAACCAGCAGAGGGAGCUAUUGGAUGGAUUUUUCCUGGAUGGACCUCCACUCCAUGCCUACCUGGUGCUGCUGGAUGCUGUCACCUUGGCCAGCCCGGGCUUCCGGCAGAACCGAAGUGUGGAAAUCCUGGAGCGGUUCCUUCGGGAACACCGGAUGGCUGAGCUGAUCUGGGAGGUGAGUCAAGAUGGCGAACUUCCACAAACAGACCGUGAGCCUCUGCUUGCCAGAAUCGCUGCUCUUCCAGAUCACAUGGCUAACAAGCUUCGGGAGAGAAACCGGGCAGCGUUCUACCCAGAGAACUACUACCCACUGCUGGGCCACGAGAUGCUGUCGGCCCUGGAGAGGGUCAAACAGCGACUGAGAGGCGGUUCGGACAGUUCCCUCUCCUUCGUCUCUCAGCUAUUGGGGAAGGUCUGCAUUCAGGGACACAGUGACGGUGUUCUGGGAGUGUUGGUGCCCAAGCUUGCUCUCCUUACCCAGUCCGAUUGCAUCUGGCGGCGGAUCUGCUGGCGAUUGGUGGAGUGUGUACCAGAGCGUUGGAUGGAGAGCGUGCUGUCUGGUGUGGUCCAGAGAGCGGAAGGUCCCGAAGUAUUAUCUCGGUUGCUAGGCAGUAUCGUUUUGAAGAACAAGAAGGCUGAGUUUCUCCUGACACAUAAACUGCUUCUCUUACAGUAUCACCAUAAGACGUCUGUCCUACAAAGCCUGCUGGGAUACCUGGCCAGGGAGGUGACUCGGGACACCCUGUUAAUAGAGGUGCUGAAGAGGCUGCUGGAGAUCUGGGGCAGCCGGAGUGCGGUCAGGCACAGCCCAAUCGAGCAGCAAGUGUACAUCAGCAAGGCCAUCGCCAUUACUCUUGGAGAGCUCAGUCAGGCACAGACCCAGCAUCACCGAGCAGAGCUUCUCUCUCUGAUGACGGGAGGUGUGGACUGUCACCUGGACAGCAGUCUGGUGCGAGUGCGCCGGCUGGGGAUGGUGGUGGCAGAGUGCAUCAGCGCGAAGGUGGACACCAGAGAAUACCGCCUGACCUUCCAGUAUGAGGACGAUGAUGAGGUGAGGGAGAUUCGCUCACUCUGCACUCCGAGACCCCUGUCGAGCUGGGAGAGCCCCCCACAGCCACACAGAAAUGGUGAAUCGCAGACAGACACCAGACAAGAAGCAACUGAGAGCAGAGGCAGCAACCAGACAGAGACCGAAUCUGAGUUAGACAGUGAUGAUGAGCUGGUUCCCUACGACCUGUCUGCAGACUCUGAGUUGUGUCGCAGUCAAGCCCCGGUGUAUGUCGGUGACUGUCUGGAGGUACUGCUGGCAUCGGACAAUCCCGAGAGGGUGGAAGGGAGCUUGAAGAUCUUGGAGGACCUGAUCAGAAAGAACCCAAAUGCAGCCAGAGAGGUCAGUGUGGAACUCACCAAGGUCCUGCUACACCUUGAAGACAAGUUCGGCAUUGUGGGAUUCACUGGAUUGCGGCAGCGGGCACUGGUGGCCCUGACUGUAACCAGCGUGGUUCCCGUCACUCAGUACCUGACCUCAGAGUUCUACGCUGUGAACUACAGCCUGUCCCAGCGCAUGGACAUCCUGGAUGUGCUGGUGCUCUCUGCCCAGGAACUGGCCCAGCCUGGACCUGCAGCAGGCAGCCCGUCAGACGAGAGCGCAGACCCGUUCCUUCAAGUCCAGCACAGGGUGGCGUCCGACCCCAGCCGGCACUGGAAACAAAUCAUCGAGCAGAGGCUGCAGAACAAGACCCGUCGCUUCAGUAAAGGCUGGUUGAAACCAAGACAUCAGGCAUCUCCCAACCGUCUGGGUCCAGUGGCCGGACAUUUCUUCUUCCCCUUGAUCAACAACUACGACAGACCUAAGGCUGCCUACGACUUCCUGUCAGAGCCACUGAUGCUGGGCCGUCUGACCCACAGCCUUGCUGUCUUGGUGUACCUGUCCGUCAAUGUGCCGAUCAUCAUUUCCAUGGGCAUGGCUCUGCUCGGAUUUACCUGGGCCCUCCGUUACCACCCAGACACGUACGUCCGGCAGGGAACACUCUUUGGCUUCUCCUCCUUGCUGCUGACCAUUCCCAGCGACCGGCUUCUGGCUGAUGUUCCUGAUGAGCUCCUGGAAGCAAGAUCUUGGCUGGCAGACGUUGCAGAGAAUGAUCCCGACGCUGAAUGCCGCCGGCUGGCUCUGCAGAACCUCCUGCUGAUGGAAAACCUCAAGAAGAACCUCGGAAUCUGCUCAGAGUAGGUGGGCCCCUCCACGGGCAGGACCCAGAGGGGAGUAGUUCUGUGCCAUUACCAGGAGGAGCCAGUGCGUCCCGGGGAUGGUACUGGUGGCCUGUAAAUGCAGAUCUGGAUGGUGUGACAUGAGGCAGUGAGUGACUAAACUGCAGUGGAAGCUGAGAGCCCCGAGCGACCACGUCUCCUGUGUUGGCAGAGGCGGGUUAGUGUCAUCUGGCCGUCUGUGUGUAUACUUGGCAAGGACCGCUGAGCCCGAGGAGUCUUGGUCCCAGAAUUUGGAAAAUCCCCUCGUACUGAACUCUCCUGCUGCUCCAGGAGUGACAGGACUGGGCGGCAGCUUUGAACCCAACCUACUGACUGGCAAUGACUUCUCACACCACUGGGCACGUUUAAAUCCUCAGUAAAAAGAACGUUUUGUCUGUU